CUCGACCAUGGCGUCCCUCUCCUCCCUCCUCCUCGGCUGCUUCCUCCUCGCAGCCGCCAUCUUCCUCCACCGCAACGGCGCCUCCACCACUACCACCCACCUCCAUUUCUACAUGCACGACGCCUACACCGGCCCGGCUCCCACCGCCAUGCGCGUCGUCUCCGGCCGCUCCUUGCUCGACGAUGGCGGUGACGCGGUGCCGCGUCAGUUCGGCGACAUCGUGGCGCUGAACAACGCGCUGACGGAGGGGCCAUCCGCCGGCAGCACGCGCGUGGGCACGGCGCAGGGGUUCGCGGUGCGGGUGUCGGAGGGCGGCAUCGUGGUGUCGGACCUGAGCCUGCACAUGGUGCUGGAGGCCGGCGAGCACCGCGGCAGCUCGGUGACGGCGAAGGGCCGCAUCGACAUGGACGCCGGGGAGCGCGAGUCGGUGGUGAUCGGCGGCACGGGGCGGUUUCGGCUCGCGCGCGGGUACAUGGUCACCAAGAACUACGACUACAGCCUCGCCACCGGCGGCGUCGUCCAGAUCGACGUCUGCCUGCAGCACUAG